AUGGCCAUGCUCGUUCUGACUCCUCCGAUCGCCAUCUACAUGUGGUUCAUUAUGGCCAAAACGGACGGGUCAAUUUUUAAAUUCUGGCAAUUUUUGCAAAGCAAGGAAUCCAUGAUGGAUGGACUCCUGGAGGCCUGGCCGUCGCCGUUUUCCCCCAUUGCAUGGAAGAUCAUUGGCGCAUUCGCUGCUUUCGAAGCGAUUCUUCAGGUUCUCUUGCCUGGAAAGGAAUUUGUUGGACCCGUUUCACCAGCUGGUAACCGACCAAUCUAUUGGUGUAACGGAUUUCAAGCAUACAUGGUCUCCAUUGUCACAUACGUCUUCAUCUGGAGAGCCGGGUGGUUCAACCCAUCCCUCGUGUACGAUAACUUCGGCAGUAUCCUCUCCGCUCUCAACGUCGCCAGCCUACUCCUCUGCCUCUUUCUCUACGCCAAGGGUCACCUUGCUCCGUCGUCCUCCGACUGGGGGUCUUCUGGAAACUUUAUUCAGGACUUCUUCUGGGGCAUGGAGCUGUACCCGCGCAUUGGCAAGUACUUUGACAUCAAGACCUUCACCAACUGCCGCUUUGGCAUGAUGUCGUGGGCGCUGCUGGCCGUCACGUACGCCAUCAAGCAGGUGGAGGCGAACGGCCACGUAGCGGAUUCCAUGGUAGUGAGCGUGGCGCUCAUGCUCGUGUACAUCUCCAAGUUCUUCUACUGGGAGUCGGGCUACUGGAGCACUAUGGACAUCCAGCACGACCGCGCUGGCUACUACCUCUGCUGGGGCUGCAUGGUGUGGGUGCCCUGCAUCUACACCUCUCCCGCCCUCUACCUCGUCAACCACCCCCUGCACCUCGGCACCCCUGUCUCGCUGGCCAUGUUUCUGUGUGGCUGUGCGUGCAUUGCAAUCAAUUAUGACUCGGAUCGCCAACGGCAGCACUUCAGAUCCACACACGGCCGCUGCACCAUUUGGGGUCGCCCUCCUGCCAAGAUUGAAGCAGAGUACGUAACAGAGAAGGGCGAGCACAAGAAGAGCCUGCUGCUUGCGUCAGGAUGGUGGGGCCUCUCUCGCCACUUCCACUAUGUGCCGGAAAUCCUGGCUUCCUUCUUCUGGACCUUUCCAGCUCUCUUCAACAAUGGCAUUCAGUAUUUCUACUGCAUCUACCUCACACUCCUCCUAUUGGACCGAGCUGUCCGUGAUGACGUGCGCUGCAAGAAGAAGUAUGGCAAGUUCUGGGACAAGUACUGCAAGUUGGUACCUUACAAGGUGAUUCCAGGGAUCUACUAA